AUGGCCUCGCAGAAUGCUCUGUUUGAUGGCCUUCGAUGGUCUCGAGGAAACGCUGGCUCUCUACCUCGAUGGACCGUGGAGCCUCGGAUUGACGCUAUCCAGAAAACGGUGGAAUCUUUGCGCCCUAACAGCAAAGUCGAAGUUACAUUCCUAGCCGAGGGCUGUUUCAACAAGGUGUACAACACCAAAGUCGACGACGAAGAGCUUAUCAUGCGGGUUUCUUUGCCUGUUGAUCCCCACUACAAGGUCAACAGCGAGGUGGCGACGAUGAACUGGGUGCGUCAAACCACAGAUAUCCCGCUCCCGGUUGUUCUCGCAUACGACUCAUCCCAAAACAACAAUAUCGGGUUUGAAUGGAUCCUGAUGACCAAAAUGCCUGGAAAGCCUUUGGCCAAAAUGUGGGCGAGUCUUUCACCCAUUCAGAAGUCCAGAUUGGUCAAGAAUAUCGCUGGAUACUUUGCUUGUCUCUUCCAACACCAGCUACGGGGCAUUGGGAACAUUCAUAGAACCCCGAUUGGGGCAGAGAAUGCAACAUCGAGCGAGCAAACCACACCACUAUGCCAUUCUUCGAAACUCGGAGAAACCGAUAGCUCUGAUACACCCGAGGACAAAUCGACGACCAACCCUGUGCCUGAUGUGGACCGGAUUGUCUCCAUGAAUUUCAUCUGGUCGUCGAAGGUUCAUCGAGAUGUCAAUCGCGGUCCCUUCCACUCGGCCCAUGAUUGGAUCCAAGCUCUUUUGGAUCUCAAUGAACAUGCUUGUUGGACGACUCUGGCAAAUGCACCAAACUCGUUUCUAGAAGAAUACGACGAGGACGAAAUCUACCGUGCCACGAAAGCACAGGAGGCUAUUCAAAUGCUCAGACCUUUGAUACCCGAAAUAUUCCCUCCACGAGAUCCAAGUGACGACCCUGAGCCUUCCGUUAUGCUACACAAAGACCUCCAUUGGUGCAACAUCCUACUCAAUGAUGACGGCGAGAUCAGUGCAAUCCUAGACUGGGAAUUCGUCUCCGCCGUGCCCUUGUGGAGAGCGUGCAACCAUCCAUUGCUUUUACAGUGUCCCGAAUAUUACGAUCAGCCAAGCGUGGAAGACUACGCACAGGAUGAAGAUGGAAAGGUCGAAGAGCUCUAUUGGGUGCAUCUGGCCCGGUAUGAGUCUACCCUCCUGCGGAAAAUUUUCCUUGAGGAGAUGGAGAAGCUGGAGCCGAAAUGGGUUGAAAUUCACAACUCGACCCAGCUCCAGAGGGAAUUCCUUUACGCUAUGAUCGAUUGCCAACCGGAUCGCUACGUGGACGAGAUUGGGGAAUGGGUCGAAAAGCUCACAAAGGAGAGAGAAGGAGGGUCCGUGGGAAUCUCGAGUGAUAUGGUGGAUGAGCAAAGGGAGGCCUCGUAG